GUUUUAUUUACAGUGAAAUUGAUCUCAAUAAGCGAUAAACUGGUGUUUGAAAUAGUGAAAUCUCGCAAUACUUUAUUGUAAUCAUGAGAAAUUGUUUCGUUUAUAAGUGUGAUAGGAUGCACAGGAAUGCUCCAAAGCGAACAAUGUUCAACGUGCCAAAGGAUCCUGAAAAGUUUGAAGAGUGGCGCGAAGCACUGCCGAAACAUCGACCACUACAGCUACACGAUCGGGUGUGUGAAAAACAUUUCUUAUCCACCGAUAUUCAGCGCCACUGGUCGUAUAACAUUGAAGGCAAACCGAAGUUGCUGUUGCGGACGAAACCGAUUCUCCAACCGGAUGCAGUACCUUGCAUCUUUAAUACAUGUAAACCGGACGCUGCCAAUGUACCGACCGCCAAAAGAAGGAGGAAGAAAUCAUCAGAACCACCCGAGGAGAGUAGCGUGGUUGUGGUGGUUCAAAGUACAAGCCAACAGUUGGAGGAACCCGGCGACCCCGGGGAGCAGGCUAUGCUCAUUGUGAUAGAAGAAGAAUCGGCGAACGUAAGCAAACAGGAUGCAACACCCGGUGAAAACAGAAUGGUGGAGGUCCUGGAAACUGAGGAAAUAGACGCGGUAGAAAAGGAAUCCAUUUUUGAGGAAUUGUACGAUAACAUCUUUGAGGUAGAAUUGCCAUCCACGCUGUGGGGUGUACAUCGAGAGCCGGAUAGAAAAUUUGUCGCAUUCAGUCGUUUCGAAUGGCAUGAGAAGGAUAACUGCACAUACAGAUCGGUUUCGCUUUUGGUGGAUUGUUGUCUGGGCUGUCGGGCCUGGUACGAUGGGAAGUUAGUGUUCAGUAACGAUCUCACUUCCAAGUUAGCGCCACCGUCGGAUGUUAAAGGUCAUUCGGAACGUUUAAACAUAGCUAUAGUGGAGUUACUUGACAACUUAGAACAGGCCGCAACCGAGAAGGAAUUGAGUGAUGUUGAGAAAAUUAAGAAAAAUCUAGAAGCAUGGGUAGGAGGCGAAAUUGUGAAGGAAAAUAAGAAAUCCCUAUCACUAGAUGAAGGCUAAAGAAGUGUGGAACUGUUAACCAACAUCGAUAAAGCACAAUGGUAAAAUUUCAUUCAGUUUUUCUUUUAACGAGGAAAAAAUGUAAAGAAAAGUCACGCUUCGUGAGAUUGUUGAUUUGAUUAAGUACGCUUAUGGAGCGUCCACAAGACCGAGAGAAAAGGUCAACGUUUAUCGGUUUGAUAAAUCGAUAGCCUUGAUUUCAAAGUACGUACGUAGGAC